GUAACGUGCACUUCCAGAAUUUCGUGAGGAGGUCGCGGUUUUCAGCUGGCGGUGAACGAUCCCCGUGAAUUUUUGACUAGAGAGGAAAACGAGAACAACAUGAAGCACCAGGCUGCAACGGAUGGCGUGAAGACCCCGCUCCUAGCCCCAGGAGCGUACGAGGAGCCUCUUAGAGGAGCGGCCAACCCUGAGCUCCCGGAAGAUUCGAAGCCAGAAGCUCCGGCUAAAGGAGAGCCGAAGCUUCCGGAGGAGAAGGAAUCAGAGACCCCGAUAGACUCGAUGUCGAAGGUUUCUGCUGAUUCGAAAGCAGAAGCGGCUUCCCCGUCGGAAAAACCAACCAAGCCCCCGAGGAAAUCGGAAUCGAAGGCUGAGCCCAAAUCCAAGCCGAAAGAGGAAUCCAUGCGAUCCCAUGACCAGGAAGCGCAAUGCGGGCCUACUGUGCAUAGCCUAGAUCGUGCACUUCAGAGGAAGAUUGAGCUCAGAAAAAUGUCGGGAAUAGCGAAGGAGUUCCUCCGAGGAGCUCAGAGUCUCAACGCAUUAAUCGACGAGAUGAGUCGGAUCGACGAUCCGGACCAGAAUGCCGGCGAUCAGGACCGCAAUAUCGUGUCGAAACCUAGGGCAGCAGAAGCAAAGUACAGGAAUCUCAAGGGCGAUGAGAUGAGUACCGGGAAAAUCCUGAGGUGUUUCCGGAAAUACGACGCCAUUUUCGGCUCAGAAUCUCGCAGUGGAGCGACGUUCUUGGACGCCGUCAGCGUCGAAAACCGGAACAUAAUCAACGUGAUACUUUGCCUAGAGUUCUACGAAGAGCGAAUGAGCAACCUCCUCAUGCAUCAGCCGAAUUACAUCCCCGCGGAAAACUUGGAACAGCUCCACGCGACGUUGAGGAAAUCGGCCGAGCGGUGGUUCGACUGCGUAUCGGCAAUUGACGCCACGGGAACAAGUGAAAAGUUCCGAGAGAAACUCUUGUCGCAGAUAGACAGGAGUUACCUUCAGUUCCAUUUGACAAACGAAACGACGAGAAUGACGCAGAUGCUGCGCACCCCGCUUCUCUUGAGCUUCACUUGCGUGACCUUAUUCUUCGCUGCCGAGGUUCUGAGAUGGCUAGGUAUCGUUCUCCUGGAUGACGUUCUCAACACGUUCGCCGGUGCACUGACAAUCAUCCUACUCGCAUGGGUGUACAGCAGAAGUACAGGAAACGUUGUCGAGCUGGGAGACGCCAUCGAUGAUAGAGUGGACAAAGUGUGGAUGAAGAUCAAAGAGAACGUCGAAAGAUUCAGCUCGCGGGUGCUCGAGCGGCUUGGUAAGAGAGAUCAUGAGGACGAUUUGACGAAUUCAGAUGUCCACACCGCAGCGGAUCCCGUCACAGGCAAAGCAGAAAAAACAGCGGCUUAGCGCGCCGAGUUCUCGUCUCGAGCAAGACCUGCUCCAGGAGCCUCUCGUUCUCGAUAGGGUCUUUUUUCCCCAUAUGAACUCACACCUUUCAUUUUGAAUGAUAACUCACGGAAACAAUGCAAUAAAUUAUAAUGACUCGUGUAUCGCGUAUAGUGCGAGAGAGGUA